AUGAAGGUUCAUUUCGAUACUUCUAGGAGUGAUCACCAGGUGUGUGGAACUUUUCCCUUUACCAUUAACCAUAUGCCAGAACUUGAUACUCAAGCUCUUAUCAACUUUUCUUCUAAAGGUGGGAAUUUUGAUGAAACAGGAAACUCCAAGAGCACUAUGUUACUGAACAAGCAAGGAGGGAAGAGGUCUGCUAGGGAGUAUCCAUAUGCUAUCGCGGGUGUAAAUGUCACGUUCAUGAUCAUGCAGAUGCUUGAUCUUGAUUCUAGUAAUGGUGUUGCAACAAAGCCUAGUACAUUUGUGAGAUCAGUUUUCAUGCAUAUGUUAUCAGGUAGGAACACUGCAACUAUGUCGAGGCAUGUGUAG